AUGCAGAAAAGUAAAAGGCAUUCUUAUCCUGAGAUUGUGGUGGGAUUAUCACAACAGGAAAUUUUAAUACGUUUGAUGUCCCAGUCAGAAGUUUUAAGAAAUAUUCAAAGAAAGCGAAAGAUGUCGCCAAAAUGGGCUAUUAAAUUCAUCCAAGAUCUUCAAGGGUUACUGUUUCCAAUGUUUUAA